AUGGCAAUAUUAACGGUUUGGUUCCAAAAUCGACGCGCAAAAUGGAAGAAGCGCAAGAAGACCACCAACGUUUUCCGUACACCAGGCGCUCUCUUACCCUCUCAUGGAUUACCACCUUUUGGUGCAAAUAUCACAAAUAUUGCAAUGGGUGAAGGCCUUUGUGGUAGUGGAAUGUUUGGAGGUGAUCGUUGGGGUGUCGGUGUGAAUCCAAUGACUGCAGGUUUCGGUCAACUAAAUCAAUCUUCGCCGCUUUCAUCUACUUUGAAUAGUGGUCUAAAUUCUGGUAUUAAUAUAGGUUCUGCAAUGGGUGCUGGCAGUUAUCAACAUUAUGGACUUAAUGCUUUGGGUGAUUCUAUGAUGUAUCAACACACGGUAGGUGGUGUUGGUUGUGGAGCUGGUGGAUCACCCACAGCAACCACACCGCCAAAUAUAAACUCAUGCUCAUCCGUAACGCCACCGCUCUCCAAUCAACCUAGUCAAAGUGAACUAAAUAGCGAUCAAAUGCAACAACAAGCAGCACAACAACAGCAACAAACCCACCAACAAAAUCACCAACAACAAACUCACCAUCAACAGCAACCACCACAGCAACAGCAACAACAUCACGAAGGUGCAAAUAAUGCAAAUGGAAAUGGCACAAAUUCACAUCAUUUAAUACCGCACUGUCAUCAGUCUAUGCAAUCGCCAUCAGAUGGCGGUAGCGUAGCCGCCGAAGAAGAUGUUUGGCGUGGACAUAGCAUAGCAGCGCUAAGGCGGCGAGCUUCAGAACUAAAUGCAACAAGCUUACCCUCAUAUUUACACCAUGCCGCCGCACACAAUAAUUACGAACAUCAUAAUUCGGUCUACUGAAAUUUGUUGAAAAGCUUUGAAAGCUUUUCGGAUUAUGGAUUUUCAGGAAACAAUAAUCACCACGAUUAUUAGGUGCGUGUGUAAAAAUGGUAUAAAAUUGAAAUAGAGUCAGAACUUAGCUAAUGUAAAACAGUUUAGAAAUGAUUAAAGUAAAGAAAGCAAACAAAGUGAACAGUUUAUUAAGCACUGUUAAUGUAAUAAUGAAAGUUGAAUAGCAAUUGCAUUUCACCUUUCGUGGUGGAGAAUGCAAUACACCUUUCCAGGUACUUAAGAACUGUAGUAAAAUGUGCUAAUUAGUUUAAAAUAUAUUCAAUAUAUAAACGAAAUAUUAUAAAUGUA